ACACUAUGCAGAGAUCUUUUUCCCUGAUAUUCUGAUCAAGGGUCCUCCCCCCUAUAUUAAUAUCAAUUCAUUUCUCAAAUCCACAGCAUUCGAUAUGUUGGAUGCUGCGCCCCAAUGGCUCCUCGCUCUCUUGUCCGAGAAGUUCUUCAAUUGCUGCGUAAUUCACCACCAUGCCAAGAAGAACGAGAAGAACAUCUUCUGCUUGGAUUGCUCCCUCGGAAUUUGCCCUCAUUGUCUACCGCUUCAUCCCUCCCACCGCCUCUUGCAGAUAAGAAGGUAUGUGUACCAUGAAGUUAUAAGGAUCGCCGACGCCGAUAAGCUCAUCGAUUGCGCUCACAUUCAAACAUACACCAACAAUGGCGCCAAAGUAGUUUUCCUGAAACAGAGGCCGCUGAAUCGGCCGCCGCGAGCCUCCGGCAGCAUCUGCGUCGGCUGCGACAGAAACCUGCCGGAAUCAGCUCUAUUCUGCUCCAUCUCUUGCAAGCUGGAUCAUAUGGUCGAAACCGGUGGCAAACUGUCCAUACAUUUACCAAACUCUGAGUUUGUGGUUUUGCCUUUGGACGAUGGUCAAAUGACGCCUGAGUCGGUUCUGUCGAUGCGGACCGAGUCUGGUUCCAGCAGCGGCGGCUUGGCGGAGUGUAUGCAUCUGGACUCCACGGCUACCACGGAGGCCGUAAGAGGGAAACGGAGUGUCCGAACCAGGUUCGGACCGGGUUGUGGACCGGCUUCUGAGUACAUAAUGAACCGGAGGAAGGGUACGCCUCACCGCUCUCCGCUGCAUUGAUAUCAGUAUUGGUUCAUGCCUUCAUGGGGGUAUAAUUCCUAACAACUGUCUUGAUUAUACCAAAAUGUCAGAAUUUAUGUGACACUCUUUCAAAUUCAUAAUGGCAUUAUAGCGUCUUUUAUUUAGCCUGGUUAUAGUAAUGCCAUUCAUUUUGAUUUAACAUGUAUCACUACAAAGUAGAAACGAUUAAUCUUGUGGAUCUGUGCUCGUUAAAAAUACAGGCUACUUGAAUUUUUUUACA